CAGCUUGUCACAUGGUACAAGGCUGUUGUGAAUAGCCUUGUACCAUGUGACCUCUGUGAUCAUUCACAGAUUUCACACGUAGUAAGCAAUGAUGUCACAAGUGACAUCUUGCUUACUACUCUGCAUGUGAUCACUGAUUGGCCAAUCAGUUAUCACAUGAUCGUAGUAAACAAGAUGUCACUUCCUGACAUCAUUGCUUACUAUUUGUGAAAUCUGUGAAUGAUCACAGCGAUCACAUGGUACAAGGCUAUUCACAACAGCCUUGUACCAUGUGACAAGCUGUGACCAAUCACAGCUCUCAGUAUUUCUCAAUGGCUGCAAAAAUGCAUCCAGAGAGAAGGAGAGACAAUUGCUUUUACACCCAUAAAGGCUGUAUAAGCAAUCAGUGUAAAAAAA